AGAAAAUUUAUGUUUUGAUAAAUGUCGGCUCGCGGUUGUUUAGCCUAUUCCGCGAAGUUUUAUUUGUUAUCGUGAAAAUAUUUACAGUAUUGUUGCCUUAUCAACAAGUAAGAUAUGUUUAUUAUUGUAUAAAACAAGAUGCCUUACUAUUGUACGGUCCCGCGAUGUACAUCUAUGGCGGGUAAAGCAAAAAAUGUGUCGUUUCACCAGUUUCCUAGAGAUGAAGAACUUGCGAAACUAUGGAACAAAAUACUCAAAAGGGGCAAACCAUACACUAAAUAUUCUAAAGUAUGUAGUUUACAUUUUAAACCAGAGGACUACACGAUGACAAGCGUCGGCAAAAACAAAGGUCAAUGGAGAACAUUAAGGAAAGAUGCCAUACCCUCUCAGAACUUGCCUUCGGACUCACCCAUACCAUAUCAGAGACGGCAGUCUGGAUUUUGGACAGCUAACACUGUUACACCAAAUAUAGUAGAUCCACAACUUCAACAACAAAUGGCACAGGCGAUUUACAUGCAAACCAUGCUUGCCAUGCAAGCGGCCGGAAAAACAGAUGAGCUUAGUCCUAGCAAUAGUGAUGGUUGUGAAGGGUCCCAAACAAGCACCGACGACACUGAUCAAUCGGAAACAAAACCAACAUCCUCUCGAAAUAAUUCGCCUGACUAUCGAACAGAUGCAACAUACAAAUGCCAAGACUGUCUCAAAUGUUUCAAAGAUCCCGAUGUGUUUACUCUACACAAAAGGAGUCACAUAAAAAGAGAAAUAAAUAUAAUAGAAAAAGAAAACAUCUCGUCAACAUUGCAAGCGAAUCCAAUAUUAGCAAAUUUAUUAAAGACAAGAGCCACUGAGAGUUUAGAUCUUGAAAACAAUUUUUAUGCGGCUUUAGCAUUAAAUUUCGAAUAUUUAAGGAAUUUGUCCAUAUUUAAGAGCGAGGACUGUGAUGUAGACUCUAAAUUAGUUAUUGAUGAGACUGUUUGAAAUAUUAUGGUCACAAGGUAAAUUUAAAGGUAAUUUUAACAGUCAAUAGACAUUGUGGUAAGUAUAGUUUCUGAUUAUCAUGGCGGUCUGUUUUGUAUUGAAUUUAAAAAAUAGUUGAUAUAUUGUGUCAAAGAACGUAACUAAGCAAGAUAUUUUUUUUUAGAAUUAAUUAAGAUGUUACAUAUUUAGAACUCCAAUCAUUACUUUUGUUUUAGAUUAAAAACAUUUUUUUUUGCUAUAUAAUCAAUUUUGUAUGGCAUCCUAAGUAGCUCAGUGUUUAUUAAUGUAUUAGUGAGCCUAUUUGUGCAUCUAUGACAAAGCAUAAUAUCUUUGUCUGCCAUUUAUUAUAUACAGAAAUUUUAAUCUUUUCAAAAUGAUUGUGCUUUUUAUGUAUGCAGUACACCUAAUGGACUUAUUUUGAAUUUAUUUUAAUUUUUGCAUAAAACUAGACAUUUGAAUAAUGAAAAUGCCAAAUGAAAUACUUUCCCUUUUGUCCAUAGAAGAAUGGGUGUAAUCUAAAGGAAAAAACAAAUUAAUAGUUUAUUUACUGAGUCUACAAUAUCUUACUAUAUUUGACAAUUGCAUAAAUACUCUAGACCAUUGAUUCCCAAAGUGAUCGAGAUGGACCCCCAGGCGUCCACGGGAGACUUACCGGAGUUCUACGUUGGCAUGACCAAAAACUAGGAGUUCACCAUUCGUAAGCGAGGUCUAUGAAAGUUUAUCUGGUUUGAUAGUGUAGAACAAAAAUAUUGGCUUGACUAAACCUAUCAAUAUAGGCAGAUAAUAUUGAUAGGGGUCAUAAGGCACAGUACCCUAAUAUAACUGUCCAGUCGGCCCCCAUAAAGUAAGCCCUGUAAGCUGGGUGGCGGUGGUAUUUCUCCGCGAAACAAAAAAAAAGUUCCACUGGAUUCAGCAACCAGUUUAUGACGAAAAAAGUUUGGGAACCUCUGUUGUAGACCAAUAUAGUGUGAUAUAUUUGUUUUUUUUUUUUAUAUAUUUCCAUCUUUUUUAUAAAUCCAUUUUACCUUAUUCAUCCUAUUUUUAUAGUAUCCAUACACACUUUUUUAAUCCAUAUUGAAGUGUUUCCGACAUGCAGACCGCCUGAAAUCUUGAAAUCAAGUUAAAAAAACGUGCUAUUAAUUUAAAAACCUAAUAAUAAACUAUCAUAUUUAAGGAAUAUUUCACCAUGUUCUAGUAUAUGUAGUUAACAUUAACCGGUAUAUAAUAAAACAAUUUUUCAUCUCAUUGAAUUAUUGGCAGCAUACAUAGAGUAUAAAAUAACUAAUUACUAGUCUAAUCCCAUGGUCUGAUAAUAAAUUGUACUUUAAAAAUAAAAAAAAAAUGAGUGUCUGCCGGGUUUGCGUUCUGUGGCGAUAAGCUCAAUUACACGUGACGAAAAUAUGUUUGCCAACCAUAGGUGUACACCUGGGCGAUAUUUACACGCUUGGAGUUAUCUACAAAGUAUGCUGCCCCUAGUCCAACGUGGCAAGAAUUUGUUUUAUGCAGUUUAAUGUACUUGAACAUGGCGAAAAAAAUGUCGUUUCAUUUAAUUUAUCAAAAAAGCUAGCGAGUUCCUUAUAGCCUGACGAGGAAAAUAAAAAAAAUCGCCUUGUAUAAUAUAGAACUAAUUUCUUGUACUGAUA